AGGAAAGGCUGUGACUCACGCCUGCGUGAAGAGACCAAUGGGCAGCCGGAGCCUGAGAUAUAUAAAUAACGAAUAAAGAAAUAAAUAUAUUCUUAAGGGAGAAAGGGUCAGUUGCGCGCCGCUGGAUGGGAUUUUGUUAGUGCGCUCCGCUGCUAUAUACUCACCGUCUCCGCCUCUGGACUGUUUCUCUGUCGCGCCUUUAGGUGGCGAUUCUAACAUCUCCACUUCUAGUUUCUCUGGACUCGACAACCUGUGCGCCCGAGAGCCGUUGAAUUAUCCUCCAGCUCGAGAUCAGAUAACAGAGGACUGAUGGCCACGUCUGAACCGAGAGCCACCGGCGGGGACCAGGACCCCAACACCGCCAAUUUAAUACCUCCGUCCACAACCAACGAAUAUGCGUGGAUGCACGGAUGCACACGGAAACUGGGGAUGAAGAUCUGUGGGUUCCUGCAGAAGAACAACAGCAUGGAAGAGAAAGGAAGGCUCACAGGCCAGAAGAAUCUACUGUCGUGUGACAACAGUGACCGGGAGCCAGGCUUCCGCCACACCGAGACCGACUUCUCCAACCUGUUCGCACGAGACUUGCUGCCGGCCAAGAAUGGAGAGGAGCCCACCAUACAGUUUCUGUUGGAGGUGGUCGACAUCCUCACCAACUACGUCAAGAAGACCUUCGACCGCUCCACCAAGGUGCUGGACUUCCACCACCCUCACCAGCUGCUGGAGGGCAUGGAGGGCUUCAACCUGGAGCUGUCCGACCAGCCCGAGUCCCUGGAGCAGAUCCUGGUGGACUGCAGGGACACGCUCAAGUAUGGCGUCCGGACAGGUCACCCACGCUUUUUCAACCAGUUGUCCUCUGGUCUGGACAUCAUCGGUCUGGCUGGAGAGUGGCUCACCUCCACCGCCAACACCAACAUGUUCACCUAUGAGAUUGCUCCAGUGUUUGUGUUGAUGGAGCAGCUGACUCUGAAGAAGAUGAUAGAGAUGGUUGGCUGGCCCAGCGGAGAGGGGGACGGCCUCUUUUCACCAGGGGGCGCUAUCUCCAACAUGUACAGCGUGAUGAUCGCACGUUACAAGUAUUUCCCAGAGGUCAAGACCAAGGGCAUGUCUGCCGCUCCCCGCCUCGUCCUCUUCACAUCCGAGCAUAGCCACUACUCCAUAAAGAAGGCCGGCGCUGCUCUGGGCUUUGGCACGGAGAAUGUGAUCCUGCUGAGCACAGAUGAGAGGGGGAGAGUCAUUCCUGCAGAUCUGGAGGCCAAGAUCCUUGACGCCAAACAGAGGGGUUGCGUGCCGCUGUUCGUGAACGCCACAGCUGGUUCUACCGUGUACGGUGCAUUUGACCCCAUAAAUGAGAUCGCUGACAUCUGUGAGAAGUACAACUUGUGGCUGCACGUGGAUGGAGCUUGGGGUGGUGGACUGCUGAUGUCCAGGAAGCAUCGUCAUAAGCUCAGUGGAGUUGAGAGGGCCAACUCCGUCACAUGGAACCCUCACAAGAUGAUGGGCGUGCCUCUGCAGUGCUCUGCCAUCCUGGUCAGAGAGAAGGGGAUCCUGGCAGGAUGUAACUCCAUGUGCGCUGGCUACCUGUUCCAACCAGACAAACAGUACGACGUCGCCUACGACACAGGGGACAAGGCCAUCCAGUGCGGCCGACACGUCGACAUCUUUAAGUUCUGGCUGAUGUGGAAGGCCAAGGGCACCAUCGGGUUCGAGCAGCACAUUGACAGGUGUCUGGACCUGUCUCAGUACCUGUACAACAAGAUCAAGAACAGGGAGGGAUAUCAGAUGGUGUUUGAUGGAGUGCCCCAGCACACCAACGUUUGCUUCUGGUACAUACCACCCAGCAUGAGAGGCCUGCCAGAGGGCGAUGAGCGGCGGGAAAAACUCCACCAGGUGGCGCCGAAGAUCAAGGCCAUGAUGAUGGAGUCAGGGACCGUCAUGGUGGGCUACCAACCCCAAGGCAACAAAGUCAACUUCUUCCGUAUGGUCGUCUCCAACCUCGCGGUCACCCAUUCUGACAUCGACUUCCUCACCGAUGAGAUUGAGAGGCUGGGUCACGACCUGUAGACCUUCUGCAAUCACUGCUGCCCCCUGCUGGUCUCUUAUCUGUGAUAUUUCCAAUAUGUAAGAUGUAAUCAGUGAGGUGAAACACUCAGUGCUGCAGGCAGAGUACUGAUAGGACGUGUUUUCGGUUCUUCUGCCUCGAGCAUUUUGAAUGUUUCUCCAAAUGAAGAGAAACUGGCACUGAGAGAGACUCUAACUGUCCCAUAUAAUUCCUUCUAUAGAGAAAAUAAAUAAACCAAUAUCUGAAAGUUCCAGGUACAAAUUACAUACUCUAAUGUGUGUGUGUGUGUGUGUGUGUGUGCUGUGGAAUCUUGUCAUGUCUGUGUGCGCGUGUGUGUGUGAUCUACUUUUAUCAUCCAAGGAGGUUUUUCCUUUAAAGUCUGUGUGUGUGAGUGAGAUUAAAUGAUUAAAGGGAGAAAAGCAUAGAUCAAAAUAUUACAAAUUAUCAGAAAUAAUAAUUCUGCUGUAUCAUGCAUUUGCUAAACACAAUUGAAUCAUUGGUGCUUUCGACUGUGGAUAUAUAUUUAGUCUUCUGCAUCGACCUAGCUGUCCGAGCUCCUCAAACAGUGUGUGUGUGAGCUUGUGUGAGUGUCUGUGAGUGAGUGGGCCCUGUUAUGUAUUGUAGGCUAGCACUGUGUUAAAAAUAAGCUAAUGUGCACACCAUAGGUACUAAGUAUGAUAAUCUGUGAGGUUCUCACCUCCAGCAACUGAUCCACAGUCUGCAAUAUUUUCCCUGGUAGAAAUUUAAGAUUUAAGAUAUCUGCAGCUUUCCCCAGUCUGUGACAACAUCAAACCUGUACAACGCUGGCUCAUUCUCUGUUUCAUGCAAUCAUGUGAUGGCCAUAUGUGUUUAUAGCAUUGUUCAAAUAUUAAUAUUUGAUUAUUAUAUAUAAGUACAAAUGUGUAUUGCAUUGCCACUGUUUGCAGAUUCAGGUAUUUUUUUGUAAAUGUAUCUUUAUGCGUAUUACAUGGUAAUACAUUUAUAAAUGUAAUCACAGGAACUCGAGUAAAGUUUAUUUAUCGUGAUUUUGUCAGCCAAAGAAAGAGAGUCGGGAACAGAGCAAUCCAUUGUCCUUCAUAUAUAAAUACAUAUAUAUAUAACUUCUUAUAGAUUAUAGGUGUUUGUAAAAUGUUAUCUUGACCCUCGACUGCGAUGCAAUUUAUAUGGUGUGUUUCUUUCUGUGAUUGUUGGUCUCUUUGACUGAAUGUUUCAGGAUGACUGACUGGCCUUCUGAUGAGAUUAAGAAUGAUGUCUAUAUAUAUUCCUUUGGCAGUCGUGCUGGUCUUUUGUUUUUAGAGAGAAGCACAAGGAUGUGGGAAUGUACUCUCCUCUCGAGACUGGCAAGAAAGGAUUGUUGUAUCUGUCUUAAUCCUAAUGCAUUUACUGUAAUAAAAAUAUAUUUAUUGUUAAACAUA